AAAAAAGAUCAGCACCAAUUCUGUGUUUUGGCUGACCUGUAAGUGUAUUGGUGUUUCUUACUUCCUCCAACAUGUAAAUCAUUAUGUGAAUGUGUGUCCAAGGUCAUGGUCUGGUGUGUACUGUAGGUCACUGUGUUCCAGGACAGGUCUAUGGUGUCCCUGACCAGAAUAAAGUAGUUCUGCGUGAUUCACAUGUUGAUGACUGUAAAAGAUGUCUACCGCCAUUUCGCCAAUCCUCAUCAUCCUGACCUUGGCAGGCUCUAUUCACUGCGGUAAGAUCCUGGUGUUUCCUCACGAUGGCAGCCAUUGGGUUAACAUGAAUAUAUUGAUACAAGAGCUGCACUCCAGAGGUCAUGAUGUCACGGUCCUCCGAGCAGCUGACAGCUGGUACGUCAAAGAGCAAUCACCCUACUACCACUCCAUAACCAUCGACUUCUCAGUGGGGGGAGACGCAGCUUUCUUCAAGACCUUUGUCUCCAGACAGCUGCAGAUUCGCCGGGAAGGAAGCUCCAUCUGGACUCAGCUGAGUCUGGACAUGGAGCUGGGGAGCAAGUUUUUCGAAAUGCACAGGAAGAUAUGUGAAAUGGUCAUCUGUAUAAUCGAGGAUCUAAAACUGAUGAGUACUAUCAGAGAAGCGGGGUAUGAUGUGAUGCUGACAGAUCCUGCGAACGGUGGAGGAGUCGUUCUUGCGCAUUAUCUGCACUUGCCUCUCGUUUUUAACGUCCGUUGGACGGUACACGGAGAGGCGCAAUUCGCGAUUGCGCCCUCGCCCUUGUCGUACGUCCCAUUUCCUUUAUCCAUGCUAACAGAUAAGAUGACAUUUUUUCAAAGGGUAUAUAACAUGCUCUUCUAUCACCUCAGGCUCUUCUUUUACAAGCGUAUUGUAGGUCCUCAUUACACCGCUUUGUGUAACCGCUACUUCGGUCCAGAUGUAUACUAUUUCGAAUUAUUCCAGGCAGCUGAUAUCUGGCUCAUGAGAGUCGAUUUCGUUUUCGAGUUCCCCCGGCCGACGAUGCCGAACGUCGUUUACAUGAGUUGUUUCCAAUGCAAACCUCCGAAAGCCCUACCGGAUGAUUUGGAAGACUUUGUGGAAAGUUCCGGAGAGCACGGCGUGGUCAUUGUAUCAAUGGGGACGCUGGUUGGACAGCUUCCUGACUACAUAGCGGACGAAAUGGCUGCCGCUCUCGCUAAGCUCCCUCAAAAAGUGAUCUGGCGAUACUCUGGGAAGAAACCAUCCACUCUCGGGAAUAACACCAUGCUGAGGGACUGGUUGCCCCAGAACGAUCUUCUUGGACAUCCCAAGACGAAGGUUUUUGUGAGCCAUGGUGGGACAAAUGGGAUUUUAGAAGCUAUUUAUCACGGCACUCCAAUCGUCGGCCUCCCUGUAGUUUUUGAUCAACAGGACAAUCUGUCGAGGAUGAAAUAUAAAGGCGUAGCACAGGUCGUAGAUAUAGCCACUAUAAAUCAGAACGUGUUUCUCAAGGCUAUACUGGAAGUCCUUAAUGAGCCUUCCUACAGUACAAACAUGAACAGGCUGUCCAGGCUUCUCAGAGACACGCCUAUACAACCCAUGGACAAUGCCAUGUUCUGGAUUGAGUUUGUCAUGAGACACAAAGGCGCUGCGCAUCUACGAACAGAGUCUUACAAAAUGCCUUGGUACGUGUACUACAGUGUGGAUGUUAUAGCGUUUUUACUGUUUGUCGUAUCCUGUGCAGUUUUCCUAAUCUUUAGUGUAAUCCGAUGCUUGUGCUGCAGGGCAUGUAGUAAAAAAAGAGUAAAGCAAGACUGAUAUUACACAACAAAAUCCCAGAUCAUAGGAGCACAAAGUUUCAAUCAGUACCAAUUUUGUGCCUGUUAGUACAUAAAUGAGGUAUUACCUAAUAAUGUGAGGAAAAUACAGUAUAUUGUUGUGCACUGUUGUGUUUUGUUUUAUGAAAAUUAAAUGAAAUGUUACUUUUGCAGAUAGGAAAUAUGUAAAUACAGUAAAGAAAAUGGUAUUAUGAUAUGCUGGAUUUUACUGUGUACAUCUUUUAAGUAGAGUUACUGCUGAAACCGAUAAUAGUUUAUUUUACUUAAUGCCAAAUUUGUAUGUCACUAAUUUGAUUAACAGUUAUUUAAGUUACCAAUUGCUUAAAUCUUUAGUUAAAAGUUAAAUUUUCAAGUGAAACUGGGACUUGUGAAUAAAACGUAAAACUAAUUGACAUUUACAGAACACAGUACAGUAAUGGGACUCUUAGCUACAGUAAAACAUUUCAAUGGUGCAUGCGUUUUAAAGAAAGCGAUACGUCUGUGAAUGACUAUGCCGGAGGUGGCUCGGAGCUCACUGCAGUUGUCCCUGUAAACAUUCAGCGAGUGGAAUGAUCCUUAAAAAACAAAGAGAUAACUUGUCGCCAACUUUUGGAAAAUAUGCAUUUGUCUGUAGGACCUGUACACACAAUUAUUUACCAACAACACUUGAACGUUACUGGGCUGAGAGUAAUUGCCCCAUACAGUCCUGACCUCGCUCCAAGCCAUUUCCAGGCACGCACUUCAAUAAUGGCUCUGGUGUACUGAGAGAACUUAAUACCUUGAUGGUGCAUUAGUGCAUUAGUGUAGCAGGUAAGUCCCAGUUUGACUUGAACGCCCCUUGUACUAAGAGACUUGUUUAUAUCAUGACACUACAGUAUGUCUUUGAGAUGUUCAUUUAACAUUUAUUGGGAGGAGUGUUCAGUGUCAGUGCUUUGUAACAAUUGGAGAUUAAGUUUUCUCUUUAUUAACAUAACAAGCUACAUUUUCUGGCUAAUUGACUUCGUGGGGAAAAAAGGUGCUGGUACUUUAAUAACAUAACUGUUAACUGGUUUUGCCAACGAUUAUUCAUUCAUUUAUUCAUUUUCAAGCACUUUUUCUUGCUCAGGGUUAUGCUAUGUCUGAAUAUGUACUAUAAAUGAAUUUAAGGUAAUAUGUCUUGUUCAGUAAGAAGUACAAAAAUGUUAGUAUUGGUAAAUUCCUGUGGUAGAAGAGGAAUAAAAUCCUUUGGGAUGUAUGAUGAGUAAAAACAGAGUCACACACCCCCUGUUUUGUAUUAUUCCUUACUUGGUACAUUAUGUGUUUCACUUAAUUGUAUUUGUGACUCCAAAAAUGUAAAAUGAACAAGAUUUUGUGCAGAAAAAAUGCAAUGGCUUUGGAAUCUUACAAUUUCCGUUGUAAAUAGAUUUUCGAAUAUUAUUGUUUUCCUUAAUAAUUUUCCACUUUAUAUAAAAAAAGAAAAAUCUUUUCACUGUUUAUUAUAUAUACGUGAGGAGUAAAAAACCUUCCGCACUUUGUCUGUAGAAUUCAUGUUACUUAACAUUUAGAAAAGGCAAAGACAUUUUUCGACAUAAUCUCCUUGCUUUUCAAUUCACUUUGUCUGUCUGUCAACAAGCUUUUGUAUUCCCUCAUUAAAAAAGUAUUUUAGGCUGAGCUGCGA